AUGGACCCCGAAGCCGUCGCUGUAGUCGUAGUGCUACUCGGUGCUUGCACAGCAUCUCUAGCUGCUGCUACGUUUGACAAGCGUUGUUGCAGGCGUCCACCUACUGGUGUCUCCACCUUCCCUACUACUACGUUUGAGGAUGCAAUGGCGGCUCCUAGCACGAAUUGGUUUCGUAAGAAACUACGGUGUGAUCGUCAAUCUUUUUUACUGUUGUACCGCGAAUUCCACGCCGCGUGUAAACGCAAGCCAGCAGCCAACAGUAAGUGCCCUCUGGUUAAGCGAUUUGCUCUAACAAUACUUUACCUAGCGCAGGGAGGAACCAUGGACGAGGCCGCCACGGUGCUGGGAAUUUCGCGCCCACGUUCCGUGGUUUACAUCAAUGACUGUUUAGAUCGGUGGAUGGAACGUUGA